AUGAGCGCUCCCGCCAAGCUGCGAGGCAACCCUCCUGCGCCUGCGCCAAUCGUUGUGCAGAAAUAUGGCGGAACGAGUGUCGGCAAGCAGCUGCACAUGAUCACCGGCAACAUCGUCCCACAAUACCUCAACGACGGCUACCGAGUAGUCGUUGUCUGCUCUGCACGAUCCGGCAACACCAAGGCGACCGGCACGACCAACCUCUUGCUCCGAGCAGCUCUCGAAGCCAUCCGACCGAAAGGUCCCGACCUCUCCUCCUCCGUCCCCUCGCUCCGCAACUCUCCCUCGCAGUCUCCCGCACCCGGCACCCCCGUCACGCCUCGACAAAGCUACCUCUCCGGCUCGCUCUCCAACCUCCGCAUGAUGGCGUCUGGCGUUGGGCUCGACAAGAUGAAUGGCGACGACGACAGGCAGUUGUUCGACGACACUGUUGAUCAGAUCAAGCGGGAUCACCUCGAGGCGGCGCGUAAGGCGAUCGUCAACUCGAAGGAGGUGUUGCAGGAGGUUGAGGAGGAGCUCGAGUACGACUGCGAGCGGUUGAGGGGCUUCUUGCGGGCGGCGCAGAUCAUCGACGAGAUCUCGACACGGUCAAAGGACAUCAUUAUGGGCGUCGGAGAGCGAUUGUCUUGCCGCAUCGUUGCUGCUUCCCUGCGGGAUAGGGGCAUCGACUCCGAGCUGCUCUCGCUGGAGAGCAUCAUCGACUGGGACGUCCUUGGCGACGAGGCGGAAGUCGCGUCAAAGUCGGCAGACGGCCCACCCCAGCUCGGCCAGGAGUUCUACUCGAAGCUCAGUCAACGACUCGGCGAGCGAUUGGCAGAGUGCGGUGACCGAGUGCCAGUCGUGACGGGCUUCUUCGGCGUCGUUCCCGGCUCACUCCUGGCGCAGGUCGGCCGCGGCUACUCGGACCUCUGCGCGGCGUUGUGCGCCGUCGGUCUCAGCGCCGCCGAACUGCAAGUCUGGAAGGAAGUCGAUGGCAUCUUCACGGCCGACCCUCGCAAGGUCCCGACCGCACGGCUUCUGUCGACGAUUACGCCAGAGGAAGCCGCCGAGUUGACCUACUACGGCUCCGAGGUCAUCCAUCCCUUCACGAUGGAACAGGUUAUCCGCGCUGCGAUCCCGAUCCGCAUCAAGAAUGUAGAGAACCCGCGAGGCGAGGGCACCAUCAUCUUCCCCGACACGGUAUCCGCCGACGCAGCCGACGAGACCCACACGGCCAAGACGACUGUCGCUCCCUCAGCCGCUCCUUACGCACCUGCCUCCCUCCCCUCUUCCGUCCUCGAACCGCAUCUCGGCCCGACAGCCAUCACGAUCAAAGACACCGUCGUCGUCCUAUCCGUCCACUCGAACCGCAAGACGAUCUCGCACGGCUUCUUCGCUCGCAUCUUUGGCGCGCUCGACAAGCAUGGGAUCGUCGUCGACUUGAUCUCGACCUCCGAGGUGCACGUCUCGAUGGCCAUUCACGGCGAGAUCAGGAAGAGCGUGCUGGAUCGCGUAACGAGGGACUUGAAGGUUGUUGGCGAGAUCUCCAUCUCACGCGACAUGGCCAUCCUCUCGCUCGUCGGCAAGCACAUGAAGAACAUGGUCGGCGUCGCCGGCAAGAUGUUCACGACGCUCGCCGAGGGCAACGUCAACAUCGAGAUGAUUUCGCAGGGCGCGAGCGAGAUCAACAUCUCCUGCGUGAUCGAAGAGCGUGACGCCGUCAAGGCGCUCAACCUCGUCCACCUCAAGCUCCUCCACCAGGCGCCGCAGGUGUUCUCCUAG